AUGGCUAAUAAUAAGGAAGCAAUGGCGCUCGUAGUUGAUAUUGGUGCUGGUAUGUCCGAGGCAGCCCCUGGAUUCGAUUCACCGCUACAAAUAGCAAGUGAUGUACUUCAAAUGAUUGUUCAGAGAAAAAUGUUUCAACAGAGUAAAGAUGAAUUAGCAUUGAUUUUAUAUGGUACUGAUGAAACAAAUAAUGAUUUAGCCGAUGAAAACAAUUAUCAAAAUAUUAACGUUGCUUUUACUCUAUCACCUGCUAAUUGGCAUUUAUUUGAAGAAGUACAAAAAAUCAAACCAGGCAAUGCUCCAGCUGAUUUGGUUGAUGCCAUUGUCGUUGCUGCUGAUCAUCUUCGUCGUGAGACUGAAGGCAAACGCGGUUUUGUUGCUAAACGUGUUCUAUUGUUUACCAACGCUGCCACACCAUUUAAUGAUCAUAGCCUAAAAAUAAUUCUAGAAUCCCUUCGACGUCAAGAUAUUAUUGUUGAUGCAAUUGGACCUACAUGGGGUCAACAAGACGACGAUAAUCAACAUGAUGAAAAUGAUCGACCAGACUCGCCGAUGCACACGAGUGAACAUGCUGAUAAUCAUGAAGAUACAGCUAAUAAUCAUCCGACCACCAAUGGUCAUCAUCUAAACAGUCCGAAAAAACCAUUAACACAACAGCAACAAACUGGUAUUCGUAUUAUAAACGAUAUCGUUAAUACAACCGAAGGAAGUUUAUUUACAUUUCGCGAAGCGUUAGCUAUUCUCAGCGUUCAUCAAUCAAAAACUGUUAGACCAACACCAACAAAAUAUAUUAUGCAAUUAGCUGAUCUUAAACUACACAUUUGCACUUAUAUUCAGGUUAAAGACAAUAAACCGGGAAUAUUUCGCCUAAAAAAGGUGUAUGCACGUCAGCCAACAACGGAAAUAAAAGUGGAUCGUGGUCGCUAUACAAAAGAUGAAGAAGAUCGUGAAAUUGAAAAAGAAGAAUUGACCGAUGGGUUUCGUUAUGGUACAACAUUUGUACCUAUUAAUAAAGAAACACUUGACGAUAUGAAGUAUCAUAGUGAAAAAUGUUUUUCAAUUAUUGGAUUUUCUGAUGCUAAUAUGAUGCGACGAAGUCUUUACUUAGGUGAUACGGUUUAUGAAGUUAUUGCCGAACCUGCCUAUGAAGAAGAAGGUCAAGUAUUUGCUGGUAUUGUUCAAGCAAUGUAUGAUACGAAUACAGUCGCGAUAGUACGCAAAUGCUUUAGUGAGCGAAGUUCACCUGAACUUGGAUUUUUACGUCCACACAUUGCUCAUGAUCAUAUGUGCAUGUAUUAUGUCAAAUUACCGUUCGCAGAAGAUUUACGUGGAUUUGAUUUUGAUAAUCUCGACGUCAUUAAACGAAAUCAACCAAGCGAUGAACAACUAAAAACGAUUGAUAAUCUAAUUACAACUAUGGAUUUAACUCAUGCUGACCAAGGCGAAGAAGCAUUUCAACCCGAAGUCGUUUUUAAUCCUUACAUUCAACGAAUGUUUCAAUGUAUCGCUCGACGUGCUGUUACACCCGACGAACCGUUAUCAUUAUCGAACACAAUUGAGGAAAUGAAUAAUACAUUAGUUCAAUCAAUUGUUGCGAAGAGUAAACGAACGUUGGACACAGUUCAUGAAGAGUUUGUUCUCCGUGAAACUGAACGUCGACAAAAAAUAACUACCGGUGAUCAACUCUUUGGUAGCGAUGAUCAUUUAACGAAAAAACUUCGUCUUGAAGAAAAUGAAAACAUUGAAGAACCGACAACAGAUUCAACAUCAUUCGAAGCACAAUCUGCUGCUAAAAAGAAAGCAGCCAUGCGUACGAUUGGUACAAUAACACCGGUGGAAGAUUUUAAGAUUUUAAUUGAACAAGGUUCACCAUCAUUUACUGAUGUGUGCAAACAAAUGUCUACACUUAUACUUGAACUCAUUAAUAAUUCACGUGGUGAUGCGUUGUUCGAAAAAGCUUUACAAUGUAUUCAAUCUCUACGAGAAAUAUGCAUUCAAAAACUAGAACCAAAAUUAUUUAAUGACUUUCAGAUGGUUAUUAAAAGACAAGCAGCAAAUAUUGAUGGAAGAAAAGAUUUUUGGGCAAAAAUUGUUGAUGAAAACAUCAGUUUAAUCACAAGUGAUGAAUGCAUUGAAUCGAAUGUAAUACCAAUAGAAGCCAAGAAAUUUCUCGAAGAAGAAACAGCCAAUGAAAUGCUCAAUAAUGCACUAGGAACUAAUGAAGAAGAUGGUGACGAUGAAGAUCUUUUCGAUCUCAUAUAA